UACUUUAAGCACAAUAAAAUGGCGACGUCUCUGGGAUCCAACACGUACAAUCGGCAGAACUGGGAGGAUGCGGUAACCAUGUUGUCCUUUGGGUUUGGGUGCCUUGGCUUUGGUAGGAGGAGGAGGGAGGCUCUGAAUCGGCCGGUCCGUUGACAUCGUCCUGCUUCGUGGCCGAAGAGGCUUCGAUCCGUUGCUCGAGAAGGGAUGUUGGGAAGCGUGCCGAGGCCGGAGCUGCUGCCCGCUCUGAGCUUCCUGUGGCAGGAUAGAGAAGCCGAGGUCUCUGGAGCAAGGCUACCUUCCUGCCCGGGUCACAUGGAGGAACCGGGCCGAUCCCGUACCUUGAUCAGUUUCCCCGGAGGAAUGAAUCGUGUGUGGCUUCCCUUUCUCUUAAUUUAGGAUUUCCCUAUUUUGUGCCAGACCUGCCUUGGAGAAAACCCCUAUAUCCGAAUGACCAAAGAAAAAUAUGGAAAAGAAUGCAAGAUCUGUGCCAGGCCGUUCACAGUUUUUCGUUGGUGCCCUGGUGUUCGUAUGCGUUUUAAGAAGACUGAAGUGUGCCAAACAUGCAGCAAGCUGAAGAAUGUUUGUCAGACUUGCCUUCUUGACUUGGAAUAUGGUUUACCUAUUCAGGUUCGUGAUGCUGGACUCUCACUUAAAGAUGAUAUGCCCAAGUCUGAUGUUAAUAAAGAAUAUUACACCCAAAAUAUGGAAAGAGAGAUCAUGAAUUCAGAUGGCACUCGACCUGUUGGUGCCCUUGGAAAGGCAACAUCUACCAGUGACAUGCUGCUAAAAUUGGCUCGGACCACCCCUUACUACAAGCGCAAUCGUCCUCAUAUUUGUUCAUUCUGGGUUAAAGGAGAAUGUAAAAGGGGAGAAGAGUGUCCUUACAGACAUGAAAAACCUACAGAUCCAGAUGAUCCUCUUGCAGAUCAGAACAUUAAAGAUCGCUACUAUGGUAUAAAUGAUCCUGUGGCUGACAAGCUCCUCAAGCGAGCUUCUACAAUGCCUCGACUAGACCCCCCUGAUGACAAGACCAUUACAACCCUGUACGUCGGUGGUCUAGGCGAUACUAUUACGGAGUCUGAUCUUAGGAAUCACUUCUAUCAGUUUGGUGAGAUUCGGACAAUAACAGUGGUCCAGAGGCAGCAGUGUGCAUUUAUCCAAUUUGCUACCCGACAAGCUGCAGAAGUAGCAGCAGAAAAAUCCUUCAACAAACUCAUUGUGAACGGCCGCAGGCUUAACGUGAAAUGGGGCAGGUCUCAAGCAGCCAGGGGAAAAGAGAAGGAACGAGAAGGAACUACAGAAUCUGGUCUAAAAUUGGAACCAGUUCCUGGUCUACCUGGAGCUCUUCCACCACCUCCUGCAGCAGAAGAGGAAGCAGCUUCUGCAAACUAUUUCAAUCUAUCUCCCAGUGGCCCUCCAGCUGUUGUAAACAUUGCCCUUCCACCACCACCUGGCAUCGCGCCGCCACCACCACCAGGUUUUGGGCCACACAUGUUUCAUGCAAUGGGACCUCCACCUCCUUUCAUGAGGGCUCCAGGCCCCAUACAUUAUCCUUCUCAAGAUCCACAAAGAAUGGGUGCACAUGCAGGAAAACACAACAAUCCCUAACCCCGCUGACUCCUUCCUUAUUUUUCUUUUGAUAAGACAUUUAAAUUUGUAGCAUAUCACAUGCACUUACAAUAAAUCUCCCUUUUUUCUGUGCACCCAGCACAGAUUUAAUCUUAUUAUUGUGUUUCACAGCAACAAAAACCGAUUCCUGUAUAAUAACCAGAAUUCUUAACCGGGGGGAAGAAAGGGUGUUUAAAAAAGAAAAAAAGAAGCAUAGCUAUGAUUUUUUUUUAAAAAAAGAACAAUUUUGCUAGAGUUACAAACACCGUACAUUCUAUUUUGCACACCCCUGAUAAGUCUUUUGGGCUUAUUAUUACUUUUAAGUCUGCUGAUUGCCAGUCAGUCAACAGAGACUGGCUCAGGUCUUGGACACACCUUCACAGC